ACUAUGGUUAAUAUUUGAUAUUUAAUCACGUUCACGUAUUCACGUAGCAUGUGUCGUCCGGCGGAUUCAAAAAACCAGAAACCCGACCGGAAACGACAGCGUUAAUGAGUGUGCACGCACGGCGUUUGUCUAUCAACGCGUAGUGGAAGUAGUGAGGAGGAGAGGAGGGAGGUCCGAAGUCUACCGGGGACAAGACCGAUAAACUUAUGCACGUCAUCGUAAGCGAUAAGCAACCGUAAUUCUUUCACGUGUUAGUUCGCGAUUUGACUGGCAGAGCGUAUCGCUCGGGGCACUACACCUAGCCACGUUGUACCGUCUGCGUGUGUAGUCGUCACGUACAUGGUGCGUACAGCAACACAUGCCCUGGUUGUGGUAGGGGUUUUGCCGCCGUCCCGCCAACACACAGUUUAAAUACAUUCAGACCAUCCCCAGUUCACGUCAAUCCGUAAUCAGUACGCUGGAACUACGCUUUCAACAUGUGCGGAAUUUUUGCUUAUCUCAAUCACUUAACACCUAAAUCAAGGGAAGAGAUUAUAGUCCUUCUUGUAAAUGGUCUAAAGAGAUUAGAAUACAGAGGUUAUGAUUCAGCUGGUAUUGCGUUCGACGGUCCCGACGGUAAGGAUAUAACUAUUGUGAAGAAAGAGGGAAAAGUAGUUGCCCUUGAAGAUGAAUUACUUUCUUUAAAAGAUCGGCUUGAUUUUGAAGAAAUCCAAAAUAGUCACGUUGGUAUAGCACAUACACGUUGGGCUACUCAUGGUGUUCCAAGUUCUGUAAAUUCGCAUCCGCAACGUUCGGACAAAGAUCAAGUUUUUUGUGUGGUGCAUAAUGGUAUUGUAACAAACUAUAAAGAAGUCAAAGCAUUUUUGGAACGCAAAGGAUAUUUUUUUGAAUCUGAUACUGAUACUGAAGCAAUUGUGAAGUUAGUGCAUCAUAUUUACACACAACAUCCAAAUUUAUUAUUCAGAGAACUCGUCGAACAAGCUGUACAACAAUUAGAAGGCGCCUUUGCUUUGUGUUUUAAAAGCAAAGUGUUUCCCGACGAAUGCGUAGCAACUCGAAGGGGAAGUCCACUUCUUGUUGGAAUUAAGUCGGAUACAAGGCUAGCCACCGAUCACAUUCCAAUUCUUUACAGCAAAGAUUCGAUAGACGGAGAGUCUCUUUCAUUAACAGAACACCGUUAUAUCCGUGGUGAUAAAAUGUCCAUUCCCAUUCCAUUGCCUCGCCAAGAAAGCACGUCAGAAUUUCAUGCACUAGGAGACAAAGAAGAAGUCGAGUACUUUUUUGCAUCUGAUGCUAGUGCUAUAAUUGAGCAUACAAACCAAGUUAUAUAUUUGGAGGACGAUGAUGUUGCUGCAGUAAGAGAGGGACGAUUGACCAUUCACAGGAUGCGCAUGUCUACGGCUGAUCCUCAUGCCAGAGAAAUCACUACGCUCAAGAUGGAAAUACAGCAGAUUAUGAAGGGCAAUUUUAGUUCGUUCAUGCAGAAAGAAAUUUUCGAACAGCCGGAAUCCGUGGUAACAACGAUGAGAGGCAGAGUAAAUUUUGAAAACCAGACAGUCGUACUCGGCGGUAUUAAAGACUACAUUCCAGAAAUAAAACGAUGCCGUCGACUAAUGAUGAUAGGCUGUGGUACAAGUUUUCACAGUGCUUUGGCAACACGUCAGCUGAUGGAAGAGCUCACUGAAUUACCAGUUAUGGUUGAAUUGGCUUCAGAUUUUUUGGAUCGUAAUACUCCAGUGUUUAGAGAUGACGUAUGUUUUUUCUUGUCACAAUCUGGGGAGACUGCUGACUCUCUUUUGGCAUUGAGAUAUUGUAAACAGCGAGGAGCUUUAAUUGUCGGUGUCACAAACACCGUGGGUAGCUCUAUUAGUCGUGAAUCACAUUGUGGUAUUCAUAUAAACGCUGGACCAGAAAUCGGUGUUGCCUCCACUAAAGCUUAUACGUCACAAUUUAUUUCACUUGUAAUGUUUGGCUUGAUCAUGUCCGAAGAUAGAAUAUCAUUGCAAGCCAGAAGAACUGAGAUCAUCAGGGGUUUGGAAAAUAUAACAGAACAAAUUCGUGAAGUACUGGCCGCAGACAAAAAAGUGAUGAAGUUGGCCGAAUCUUUAUAUCAAAAGAAAUCAUUGUUGGUUAUGGGAAGAGGCUACAACUAUGCAACAUGUUUGGAAGGAGCAUUAAAAAUCAAAGAGCUUACAUACCUUCAUAGUGAAGGCAUUUUAGCUGGUGAAUUAAAACAUGGACCAUUAGCUUUAAUUGACAAACAGAUGCCAAUAAUUAUGAUACUAACUAAAGAUCCAGUUUAUAAAAAAUGUAUCAAUGCUUUGCAACAAGUUACUGCUCGUGAAGGCCGUCCAAUCGUGAUAUGUGAAAAAGACGAUGUAGAAACUAAAAGCUUGGCUUGGCAAACUAUUGAUGUACCACACACUGUUGAUUGUUUACAGGGAUUGCUGACUGUAAUACCGAUGCAACUGCUAUCUUAUCAUAUAGCGGUAAUGCGUGGCUGUAAUGUUGAUUGCCCAAGAAAUUUGGCCAAAUCUGUGACUGUUGAAUAAAAUAAAUUUAUUCCAAUUUAUGUUUACCAUAUUGAUAAAUAUAUCAUUCACCUCAACAUCAACAAAUCCUACUUUUAAUUUUAAUUUGUAGGUCUAAAAAAUGUAUUAAAAAAAAGUUUAAAAUUUCUUGAAACUAUGACGAUAGUGUCAUACACAAAAUUUAAUAUGUUAAUAAUUUUUUAAGCUCUGAAAAGGCUAUAAUAUUAAUAAUUCCUUAAGAAAUAAAUAUUUUACUACGUGCUAUCAGUUUUUUUUUUUUUAUCGAGCUUUUAAG